ACAAGAUCACAUGAGUCCACCACACAGUUCGCCCUCAACAUCGUGACCACACACAGCUCAAAACCUACCCCUAUACUCAAAUUAUCACCACCCAGGCUACAAUGCACGAGCUCUUCCUCACAGCCGCCGUGCCCGGCGAACAUGUCAAAGAAGCGCUGAAAAUCCUCCAGGGCUUGUGCGCCAUGCCACCCGCCCACAAGUACCAGCGAGUUCUCACAUACGAAGGGCCCAGCGCACAGCUGGUGCCCAUUCCGGCGGCGCGAGUGCAAAAUAGACGGCCGCAGGAUAGGGAGGUGUGGAAUGAGUUGAAUAAGCAGCUGGUUAGGCAGUCGCAUUAUAUCACGCUCGCGUUUGCGGCAGAGAGGGGGGAGUUUAGCGGUGGUGCGGAGGAUCAGGCGGGCGAGAAGCCUGUCAUAGACUUGGAGGAGGCACGGGGGACUCUGCACUUUUAUGACUACCCGGAACCCCCGCAUCCGUCGCGGCCUGUAAACAGCCGGCUCGUUAUUCACAUCCCCGACGAGCCAAAACUGCCGUCACUUCUACGGAGCAUCAAAUUUACACACUACUCUGAAAGCCUCCGUGAAAUCUACAACUUCUACAGGGACAACGUUACAUUCACUCUAUCCCGCGAACUCCAACGGAAGCAGCAGGAUGGCGUGAUAGACCUGGAAGGAAGCACGCCACAAGCUUCGUCUGACAUCCGCGAUUACAUCCCCUUUGACGGGGAGAACAAAUGGGUCUUGAAGGCCUCGGUGGAGGUGACGGAUGAGAAGGAAGGUCCCCUCGUGCAAAGAGGCAUUGAGGAGCUUCUCAAAGUGCAGAGUGACCUAGCAGGACUCUACGAGUUCUCGAUACUGGAUAGAGCGGUGCUGGAUACCAGAGUGCCUGCCUUCCUUGAGCAGUUACGGCGGAGGUGAAGUCCGAUGAUGAAUUACAAAAUGAUAUCGAGUCACAUGACCUGCUUGAAUGAAGCCUUCAUAUUGCCACUACUCUAUUCUAGGACGAAGAAGGGACCGGGGAUAAAUGUAUUAUAAUCAAGACCUUUACAAAGCGCUUAAUCCGUCGCCUAAAGUAUUUCCCAGUAUGUAAAUGGUCGAAAGGUGUAGAUGUGUCGUGGUGGGUGCUGUUCCUUGCCACAUCAGAACAUUUUAGGCUGGGAUUUGGCUGCUGGGAUUU